CAAUCAGCGCGCGUGAGCGGGGUCUGUACUCAGUGCCGGAGCGGCGGGCGCCGCGUGCUGGGAGUGGCUUGGCUGGUGCGGGGACAUGGUGGGGUCCGGUGAGGCCGGGGCCGAGUCGUGGCAGGGCCGCUACUAUCGGCUGGAGGAGGUGCAGAAGCACAACAACAGCCAGAGCACCUGGUUCAUCCUGCACAACCGCAUCUACGACGUCACCAAGUUCUUGGAGGAGCACCCAGGGGGUGAAGAGGUCCUCAGGGAGCAAGCUGGGGGAGAUGCUACUGAGAACUUUGAAGAUGUUGGCCAUUCCUCAGAUGCAAGGGCACUGUCAGAGACGUUUAUUGUUGGGGAGCUUCAUCCGGAUGAUAGAGGGAAGCUUCAGAAACCAACAGAAACUCUUAUUACAACUGUGCAGUCUAGUUCCAGUUCAUGGUCCAACUGGGUGAUCCCAGCAAUAGCAGCAAUUAUUGUGGCCCUAAUGUAUCGUUCCUACAUGUCAGAGUAAACACCUUAUGGAAAACUAAUUCGAGACUGACUUGGAAAAGAAUAUAAGCAAGCCUAACUCACAAUGUUUCGACAAAAGCCUGAUGUCUGAAGAAAAACUUCAACUUUUUCAGAAAACUGAACAAUUCUUUUCUGCUGUGCACUCUUCUGAAUGUUGCCUUCUUAUUUGCUGUUCCUAAGUGAUUAAAAGGGCAGCAUUUCUCUUUUUGUAUAACAAUUUUAUUCUCUAAUGAAUUAUUUGAUAACUGUUCAUUUCUGUGCUAGAAUAUUUUGUAUGUAACACCAUGAUUAUGGUUAUUUCUUUUUAAUCUGUAAUGGGUUUGUAGGACAUUUUUUUGCAUAUGAAUUUUACAGCUUUAAAUGACUACCAAAACUUUAUGUACCUUUGUCCAUGUACACAACUUAACUUCAAAAUUGUUUUCUUCAAUGUAGUAUGUUUGAAUGAAAUGCUAAUUAAAAGAAGCACAAUGGAGAAAGCUGUUGAGUGGAGUAAUAGGUAUAGGUGCCUGUAAGUUGUUAGGCCCUACCAAUCAGACUGUAAUGAGCUCAUUUUCCUUCCUUCCUAACAUCUGUUCCUACAGCUGGUGUAGAUCCUCCUACUGGCAAACCGCUGCCAUUGAAAAAACUUAAGCAAAAUAUUAAUAAUAAUUGGUCCCAGUGUUUGGCCCAAUUAUGGCCUAAUGAUGUCUAUUUUGUGAAAGGUAACCUUUUUGCAAAAAAAACAAAACAAGUGCUCUGUGAAUUCCACUACAGGUAAUGUAACUGCUACUAAAUACUGUUUUUGCCAAGCACUCAGGUGACUGUAGAAUUUGUUGUGGAACUUUUAGACUUGUAUGAUAUCUUCAGCUUUGUCAUGGUACGUUGUGAGGAAAAACUGAUAUAUGGGAUCUCUUUCUCACUGUUCUGUGAUGUGCUCCUUGGUGCUUUACUAUGAAGAUGACUAUUUUCACUGCUAAAUACAAGACAAGUCAAAGUUUGCAUUUUGUGGUGAGCAUUUUAGUCAUAUGUAAACAAUCAUGAAUAAAAGUUUAAUUACUUA